UCACGACGACAUAAUUGAAAAAGUGAAAAAAGAAGGAGAAAAAAGAGCAGAACAGUGGCGAGAUGCGGAGCGACGAAGCCAGAGUCCUUCUGGGCUUCCCUCCAAAUUCUCGUCCCACUCCUUCUCAGGUUAAAGCGGCUUUCAAGAAGAAGGUAUGGGAGUCGCACCCCGAUCUCUUCCCAGUUAAUGAAAAGCCAACUGCAGAAUCUAAGUUCAAGCGGAUUUCAGAAGCUUGCAACUGUAUGCUGUCCGGUGCGAAAUGGGAAUAUUCAGAGUCAGGUUCAUACGUUCGUGUUGUGAGAAGGGGAGUUUCAUCGGCAAAUGGUGCAAAAGGACAUCGUGUCCUCGUGGGGAUACCUUUCCUACUCAUCGUUCUGGGAACAGUCGGACUAGGUGGACUUAACGCUUCCAGGGCAUACAACAGGGAAAAGGAGAAUUAUCCAUCUCAUAAUCCCUUUCUUCCCUGAUUUGGGAACCAUAGCCAAAACUUAAGUCGGACAAAUUGUCUGGCAUCGUGGUCAUCAAGUUGCAUGUUCGACAGAUAAGGCGCUAAGGCAAAGAAACGUGCGAUGUUUUCCUGUGCGUGUUUGUUAAUCCUGUAAAUGAAUACACCAUCAAGAAUAUCAAUCUCCGGAUUACCUUCUUCAUUCUUUUUAAGAGUCAUAUACAAUUUGUCUGCAGCCAUUGGUCAUCUUAGCUUGCUGAUUAAACACUCCGCAAGAUCCUUUUUCUUGAUGUAUAUUUUCUUUCUUUAUGUCAUCUGGUCAUGUAGCACCUCCAUAUAUCACUAUCAAUUUUUCAAAUUGUAUGAUCGGUCUA